GAAGUUACGAUGAGAAUGAUGAAUUAUUUAUACAUAAAUAUAAAGUUGGCAACACGUUAUUAGAUGAUAUUUAUCCCAUAUAUUUCCCGCCUGUUCUUUAGCACGUGGCUUGAUGUUAAUGCGUUUCUAUGAUAAUCUUAGAUAAAUAUGGAACAAAGUAAUCGAAAGAAAAAACGAAAAUUAAAGGAAAUUGAUGAUAUUAAAACAAAGAAGAGAAACUUGGAGAAAAUGGAUAUAGAUGAACCUGGAUUAAAAUCAGCAAAAAAAUUAAAACUGAACAAUGAUUCUAAAUCAGGAGAAUUUCAAGUAGAUGAUUUUUCAGGGGAUGUAGAACAAAGAUCUUCUGUUGAUGUGAUGAGGUUUCUUAAGGCUCGAAAAAAUGAAUUGAAAUUCCUCACAUCAGCAAUAGAAACAAAACUUCCAAAAAGAAUUAUACAGCAAUUGCCUCGUCACAUGAGACGUAGAGCUGCCAGUCAUAAUCCUAAAAGACUACCAAGGAGAGUAAGAGAACGAGCUAUGAAAGAGUUAGAAAAAGUGAAAAAAACAAAAAGACCAAGCAGAAAAUAUCGAAGAAAACCAAGAAAUUUAUUGGAAGAAUAUAACAGAAGACAGAAGAAUCAUAUAUGGCUAGAAACUCAUAUAUGGUUUGCAAAACGUUUCAAAAUGAUUGAAAUAUGGGGCUACAAAUUGGCAUAUCAGUCAAAUGAUAAAUGUGUAAAAGCUCUUUAUAGAUCAACUAUCAAUCAUGCACUUUUACAGGAUAUUUCAUAUUAUGGAUGCAUAGAAUUAUCAGGAAAAGAAGAAAUUCUUCUACAGCAAUUAUCACAAUUAACAAAUCCUGAUUUAGGAUUAACAUUUGGAUCAAAACUUUAUCUUAAUGGGAGUCGUGAAGGAACAGUUUUUCUGUUUCAUCAAAAUUCUUAUCCAUAUGGAAUCAUUGGACCAGUAAAAUUUUUUUGGAAACCUCAAAUUAACUUUAAAUCAAGUACAGAAGAAAUGAGAUAUAUAUGGUUGUGGGUUCACCCUUCUUGUAUCAAAGAGCUGAUUGAUGAAUUAAUAAAUUUGUUUAAUUUGCAACAAAAAAUUCAAAAUAAUAUAUCUGAAGCCACUUGUGACAGUAAACGAAAAUUAUAUUUUGAAAGAAUUAGUAUCUAUAGUAGUAAUGAUAUUACUUUGACUAUAUUAAAAGAUGUACUUGUUCGCCAUCGUUUGGUAGGACCACAAUCACAAUCUGUGAUUACUAAUUCCUUACAACAGACUUUAAUAGAUCCAGAUCCAGAAGUUUCCAAUGAAACUUCUAACUGGUGGGAAAAUUUUCCAAAAUCAAAAGUAUUUAUGGAUUUACAAAAGAUACAACAGUUUACAUGGAAAAAAUUAAACAAUUCUUCUGUUAAAUUGUUACCUGGAACAAUUAUUGGUACUACUGUAAAAGAUCCAAGAGUUUCGUUACCUUCAAAGAAAGUUCCGAGUCAUCUAAAUGAUGAUUGCUGUAAUGAAGAAAUUGUUCCCACACCUGAACUUGCAUAUUCACAUAUUUGGGAUUCAUCUAUUCGUGAUGAAGUAUCUUUCAAGAAAAUUCCUCAAGCAAAGUUAAAUGAAAUGAGAUCAAAUAAUUCUUUGAAUUUUAAUACUACUUUAGAAGAACUGAGUAAUAAAUCCAGAAUUCCACUCCUCAUAAUUUUUCAAAGUGGAAAUGAAAAUGAUUAUGGUAAUGGUCUGGAUGUUAUCAUUCCUGGUGGAUGGAGUAUGGCUUUUUGGAUUGCAUUCAUCUAUCAAGGAGCAAAAGCAAGUGGUUUAAGAGAAACAAAGAAUAUUGGAUUAGAAUCUGGACUACCUGUUUUUCCAUUUAACUUUCCUGACAGUCAAAGUUGUAAAGAAAUCCAAGAGAAAAGAAGAUUGGAGCUGACUGCAAAACAUUAUAGAUAUCCUCCUGAUAAAAGGCCAAGUUUUGAAAAACUUGGCAUACAAACUCCCUUCUUUUAUCCAUGGUUAGAAUUAGUACAGGAAUGGAAAAGAGACUUCAGUCAAACUGCAAAUAUAUCAUUAAUAAAAAAUGAUUUCUUUGUUUUGAGGGAAAAACGUUGUCUCAAAUUGCUGAUUCAUUUGUUUACUUCUAACAGAAAUAGAAAAGAAACAAAAAGCAUUAAAAAUUCUGAAAUAAGUGUCAAAACAUUUUCUAAUUUUUUUGUUAAUGAAAAAAAUUACUUUCAAAAUGCAUUGAUAUGUGUUCAGUUAACUCCUGUUUUUAAGGGAACACCUGAUGAAUUUUCUACUAUCUUCCUACCGUUAGAAAUGGAUUUCAAAGAAUAUAAACUUAAUCUACAUCACGAGGGACCAAUUGAGCCUGUUCAUCACACAGAAAAUAAAACAAAAAACAAGAAAACCAAGGGAAACAAAGCAACUAAAAGUGAGCAACUUGAAAUGAAAUUAUCUAAACCAGAAAUAAAAAAUUUACUUUUAUCAUCAACUAGAAAAAUUAUUGGUUAUGUAGAAUAUGGAAAUUAUAGUUUUAUUGGAGGUAGAAGUGCAGCAAUGGGUCAUUGUACACUUAAAGGAAUUGUAGAACUUCUUCAGAAAUGUUUAGAACAAGAAACAGAACCAAUUGCUCUUGUAAAAAAUCAAAAUUCCUACCAAUUCAGAUAUGUUAAAAUAAAAAUAGUAGUGUAAUUUUUAAAUUUAUUGAAUAAUAAAUUAUUUAUA